GCAUAGUUCCUGUAAGACAAAAUUGAGGAUCAAGCACCCGGUGCCUAGGCCCAGACCAAACAAAUCGAGCUGGAGAAAAAAAAGUGUCUCAGGCUUUUGAGCCGAACACUGAUCCCACCACUUAGCAAAAAUGGCGAAUGACAAGGAUCCUCUGAAACAGUUGAAAGAUCUGACUCAGCUCAAAAACCAGUUAGAGGAAAUCCAGAGGCGAGUAGAGAGCGAGAUUUCUGUGGGAAUCCCUCAGGGAGGCUCAGUGUUGGGAUCUCCAUUUCUGAAGGGCUUUCUGGCCGGCUAUAUGGUGGCCAAGCUCCGCUCCUCUGCCAUUGCAGGAGUGCUACUGGGAACAAUCACUGGCAUGUACGUGGCACAGAGCUAUCAAGUGCCCAACAUUGAAAGGACCGUGAGAGACUAUCUGAACAACAUGAAAAAAGGACCAAAGUAA